AUGAGCGCUUUUAUUAUUGGAUCUACUGGAUUGGUUGGAGCGCAAUUAUUGAAGGUUGCAGCUAAUUCGAACAAUUUCGAAACAGUUUACACUGUCAGUCGCCGUUCAGCUGGAGGUGGAGAUAAGGUCAAAGGUAUUGUUGAAACAGACUCAGAUAAAUGGCCCGAUAUUAUCAGGGAAAACAGCAAAGGUGUGAGGACAUUCUUCUCUGCUUUUGGAACCACUAGGGCUGAUGCUGGGGGAGUCGAAAACUUCAAGAAGAUCGAUUAUGGUAUUAAUUAUGAAUGCGCCAAAGCUGCGAAAGAGGCAGGGGUUGAAACGUUUGUGUUGGUAUCAUCGGUUGGAGCCAAUGAAUCUUCGAUGCUUUUCUACUUGAAGUCGAAGGGUAAGUUGGAAAAUGAUAUUAUAGCCUUGAAAUUCCCUAGAACUAUAAUCAUCAGACCUGGUGCUUUAUUAGGAAAGCGUGAGAAAUCGCAGAGUUUUGCCAACGAUUUAUUCCAAAAAUUCGGAGCUAUGGUGAAAGGAACGCCAUUGAAGUUUAUCGCUUAUCCUAUCACAGGAGAGGAAGUAGGAAAGGUUGCAGUUCAUUUAGCAUCUGAACCAUUCCCUCAAGAUAAUGGUGAAGUAGUUAAAAUUGUUAGUAAAAAUGAGCUUGAUGACUUAGUCAAAAGCCUUGAGUAA